UCAGCGGAGGUUAAUGGAAAGGCAGUGAUUCUUACUACCGGUGGAUUCAGUGCCGAUAGAAACGAGGAAGCCAGUCUGCUGCAUGAAUUUGCCAGCGACAAGGUGAUUGGUAUGGAUAGAGUACAAGUGCAUCCCACUGCAUUUGUGGAUCCCGCUGAUCCAGGAGCUGGCACGAAAUUCUUAGCCGCGGAAGCUUUGAGAGGAAAGGGAGCGAUUUUGAUCAACAUGGAUGGAGUUCGCUUUGCCAAUGAGCUAGGUCGACGUGAUUAUCUGACUGGUAGAAUUCUGCAGGAUUGCAAACCUAUCGUAAAAUUCAAUAACGGCUCCGCUGGUCUGACAUCAGCUAUCAUGCUCAUGAAUGACGAGGCAGUAGAUGGUUUUGGUCGAGCAUCUUUCAGUUUCUAUCAUAUCGUUAAGAAAUUCUUCACGAAAUAUGAUACCAUGGAAGCUUUUGCCACCGCUGCCGACAUACCGUAUCCCAAGCUCAAACAAACUAUCGAGGAUUAUAACAAGUAUGUAGAGAAAAACAAAGAUGGCAAAAAAGAAAAGGACUCCUUUGGAAAGACAGUGUUCCCCGUAGCUUUUGAUCUGAAUAAACCAGUCUACGCAGCUAUAAUCACUCCUGCUAUUCACUAUACCAUGGGCGGAUUGAAGAUUGAUAAGCAGGCACGUGUGAUCAACGAGUACACCACGGCACCAUUCAAGGGACUACUGGCAGCUGGAGAAGUUACUGGUGGCGUUCAUGGUGCCAAUCGACUUGCCGGAAACUCCCUACUUGAAUGCGUUGUAUUCGGAAGAGUGGCUGGACGAAAUGCUGCAGCUACGAAUUAU